UUUUUAUUUUUUAGCGUCUAAACGCCAAUUUUAAAACAAUUUUUGUUAAUUUCAUACAGGUCUAAGGUCGUGAGUACUAAACAGCAACUCGAAAGACUGGUUUCAUUGAUGGAAGAAACUCCUCAACUUGCGAAAGGGAUUUGUACAAAGCUUCAGGCGGCAAAAAAGUGGGAAGAUAUUGCGCUGGAGCUCAAUUGUUUAGGAUCACCAAUUAGAGCGACAGCAAAGUGGAUUAAGGUGUGGGCUGACAUGAAAUGGAAGACCAAAAAGAAAAUGUCACAAAAUAAGGCUGAAUACCGAGCAACAGGUGGAGGACCGAACAGGCUUCAAUCGUAUACCAAUAUUGAGGCUAUAAUUGGGUUACUUGAGCUUGAUGCCUGUGUGAAUCCACCGGGAGCGGAAUCCGGCCUAGAUAUAAGUGGUGAUAAUCAGCGCCUAGAUUCGCCUGAGCCGGCUCAGAUCAAAACUAGCCACCGUUCGAUUUGGAAACGAACAAUGAAGACCGAAACUAUGUAGUUGGCGAAAAUACAACACGAAACCCUAGAAAAAAACGGUGCCACAAACCGGAGGGACUGAGGUUGUUGGAAGGCCAGACAAAUGCCCAGAAGGCUUUUUAUGAAGAGGUAAUUUCGAACAUAAAAGAGAUUAAAAAAAAGUGCUAGGGAAACGGAAAAAUAUGCAAAAAGAAAGUACUACUUAAAAAAAGACUCACCUACAGAACUCUUACAAAUGAAAAAAGAAAAAUUAGAAAUUUAUAAAAGUGAAGUUAUGAGAAAGGAGCAAGAUCGGAAAGCAAAACUGCAACUAAAGGUUGCACUUUUAGAGAUGAAGAAAAAAUGUUGCCUAAACCAUAACUUAUAAUUAUAUUUUUAUCGAAUGAAUUCACGUGUUAAUUUUUUAGUUUUAUUAAUCUUUAAGUAAUAUAUGUAAGUGAAUUAAUGAUAUUUUUGCCUGUGAUAUGAAUUGAGAAAGGCUGUAAAAACUUUUAUGUAGAUAUUUUACAACCAUGAAUUUAUGUGAUGAUUUUUUAUUCAAUUUAUAAUGUGCAUAUGUACCUUCAUAUCUUAAACCAACAAUACUUAUGAAUUUAAUACAAGAAACUGGAAUACCUUUAUUAAUACUUUUUUAAUUAUUUAAAAGGUUCUUAAAAUUUCAUUUCUGAUGUCUUCUGCUUCUGGGUUCUCAAUUGAUUCCAUCUCAACGACUCCGGCAUCAUCGUCGUGAGGCUCACUUGAAAAAUCUUCUCCGUCGGGUAUUUCUACAUUAUAAAAUAGGCAAAUGCAAAGCUGCGCACACAUUUAUUAUUUUUGUUGCUUUCUUUGGAGUGUAAUGAAGAGCUCUCGCUUACAAUAGACAUCUGAAUCUAUUUCUAAACCUCCAACUGUUCGCUCUAUAAUAUUUCUGGCUUUUGCAUGUUGUUUGUUGUAUGUUCUUUGAGGAGAUCGUUCCUAAGAAUUUCUGAACGGCGUCAUCAAGUACGGUUUUAGAGCGUAACCAGCAUCACUUAACGUGGAUAAAAAUAAUUUAAAAAAAGGAAAUAAAUGUAGGUUUUGUAUUUGAUUACAUACCCAGUAGCCAAGUAUUACGAAUAUCAUUAUGAUGUUGUUGUUCUAAGUCUGCUUUCAAUGAUGACAUAUUAAAAAACAUGGAAUCAUGUGUCGCUCCCGGUUUUUUUUUGCAUUUAUGUAUCUUAUUUUCAUUGUGUGAUCACAAGCCUAAAAAAAUACAAAAGUGUACACAUCUACAAUUAGAGAUUCUUAGCAUAUAUGUAU